AUGCUUUUCAAUUCGAUUUUGUUCUGUCUUCUCACUGUUUUCUUACUUUUCACUUCUUCAUAUGGUUCUGCCUCCUUCACUCUUUCCACCUUCACCUUCCCUCAAACCACUCUUGGACCCUACGGUUCUAGUUAUAUCAGAGUUGAUAUACCGCCAUGGUUUUCUGCAGUCUCCGUUGUGUUGACCUCUGAUGUAGUAGACCUUGAUGUUGCAAGAAUCGAAAGGGUUCCAAAAAGUUCGCUGCCGAUAAUAUGCUUUAGAGAUGGAAGUCCUCCUCUACCUGAUGCUUUAAACACAUCUCUGAAAUUAUCAACUGUCUUAGGAAUAAAUGGUCUUGAUAUUGAGCAAUGUUUUCCUAUGGAGAAAAACAUCACUAUGAAGUUAACUAAUGAGCUGAUAUCUCCAGGUGCUUGGUACAUUGGUGUUUUUAACGGCUUUGGAGCUGCAAGAACACAAUCCAGGAUGAUCAUUCGAGGUCCGUCGUACUCCUUUAGCGCCAAUAUAAGUGUGGAAGCUUGCACAAAUUCGAUGAUGAGUGGGCAGUUCUGUAACACUACCGUCAAUUCACUUUCAUGCACAGCAUCCUCUUUGAAAUCUACAAUGAAGAAACCAAGGAUUGAAAAUGCGAUGACCUGCAAAAGUAACUUUGAAACUUUGUGUGUUGAGGAAGGUGUACCAAACUUAUACUCCUUGGAUAUAACGAACGCGGUAGAAGAGUUUACCAUUAUGGCAGGAAAUAUCAAACUCAAUAUUACAUCUUCAAGUAAUGCUUCUGGUGCAAGCGAUGUUAAAUUAUUGUGUUUUGCUCGCCAUGGCGCGAUGCCUACAAAUAGUUUGUACGAUUAUUCCAGUGAUUUAAAUAAAUCCGCUCUGGUUAUUCAUUCUCCACUGAUCGGUCGUUGGUACAUUAGAGUAUUACCGGUAAAUCUUACAAAAACAAUUGGAGAUACUCAUGACAGUGAUGCAAAAGCUUGUUAUUCGCUUGAAUCACAAAUGCUACAGUGCCCAUUUGGAAAAGCUGGACCGAAUUGUACAAUAAGUAGCUACAUACUUCAGACAGUUCUAAAGAGAAGUACAAUCCCGUUUGAAUCAUAUUAUUUGCCUAUUGGUGAAGGAGCAUCUUCUGCAAAAUUUCCUCUUGAGCCACUUUUAAACAACUCAUCAAAAUUCGGAGAAACUAACGAAACAUGGACGUACUUUACUCUCGACAUUCCUCACGGUGCAGCUGGCCGAAAUAUUCACAUACAACUAUCCUCAGAUACAAAGAUCAGUUACGAAGUUUAUGCAAGAUUUGGUGGAUUGCCUUCUGUUGAUAUCCGGGACUAUUAUUAUGCUAACAAGACAUCAAAAAGCGAUCAAUCCGUGUUUUUCAUGCUAAAUGAUUCAAGCGACAAAAAUAUUGAUUUUUACUUAAUUUAUGCUAGAGAAGGAACUUGGAGUUUUGGUGUAAGACAUGUUAAUACUAGCAGUGAUUCUUUGAAGCAGAAAACUAUCUUGUCUAUUUCACUUGAAGGAUGUCCGAACCAAUGCUCCUCUCAUGGCAACUGUAAAUAUUUUUUCGAUGCUACCGGAUUGACGUCAUACAGCUUCUGUGAAUGUGAUCGAAACCAUGGUGGCUUUGACUGUAGCAUCGAAAUUGUAUCACAUAAAGGCCACAUACUUCAAUCAAUUUUUCUGAUUGGAUCAAAUGCCGCGGCUCUACUUCCUGCGUAUUGGUCGCUUCGACAGAAGGCAUUUGCAGAAUGGAUUUUAUUUUCAGCCAGCGGAAUUGCGAGUGGAAUAUAUCAUGCAUGCGACGUAGGCACCUGGUGUGCAUUGAACUUCAGUGUUCUACAGUUUAUGGACUUCUGGCUCUCUUUCAUGGCGGUGAUCAGCACUUUUGUAUACCUAGCCACCAUCGACGAAGUACAUAAGCGGGCGAUCCACACAGCAGUUUCUAUCUUUACUGCUCUCAUAGCAGUAACUAACGCAACCAGGUCUUCUAAUGUUGUUUAUGUGAUUGUUAUCGGGGUUCUUGGUCUUCUUAUUGGAUGGUUGAUAGAAAUGUCAUCAAAAUAUAGGUCUUCUUCCUUUUCAUUUGAAGUCUCUCCAAAUUUCCAUCAAAGUUUGUUAACUAUAAAGCUAUGGUUCUAUAACCUUGUGAAGGCACUUAUUAGACGGUUCCGUUGGGGUUUUAUAUUGGCCGGAUUCGCCGCAUUAAUCAUGGCAGGAAUAGGCUGGAUACUUGAAACAAGUGAGACCUAUUGGAUCUGGCAUAGCUUUUGGCAUGCUGCAAUAUACACAUCUUCUUUCUUCUUCCUUUGUUCAAAAGCAGAUAUUGGUGAUGCUGAGAAUCAGCCACCUAGAAGUGAAAGCUAUGAACUAGCUCGUCAGGAUUCAUUUUCAAGAGAAUAUUAG